CAGACCAACACGGAAGAGUACCCACUGAAGAGUACAUGCUGCAUGUUACCUGACUUGACUUUCUUUUUAAGCACGUAACGGUAGUUUCUGUUGGUUUUGCGGGUAAUAUAUCCAUCGUUUGUGGUCUAGUUACGCCACUUAGUUGUGCAUGAAGUUAGCCGUUGAGAGAAGCUAUAACGUUAUCUGCUAACCUUAGUCAUCGCGGAAAAGUUACUGUCCCAACAAGAGUUCGGGCAGGUGAAGACCAGACCAACACAAACAUGAACAGCGAGAAUUUCUCUUUGAGUGAGAAGAUAGUGUCAUCUUCAUACGUAAGGCAGGGCUCCCAGGCUCGGCGCGGGCACGAACAGCUGAUCAGGGUUCUGCUGGAACAGGGUAAGUGUCCGGAGGAGGGUUGGAGCGAGAGCACCAUCGAGCUCUUCCUGAACGAGCUAGCCGUUAUGGACAGCAACAACUUCCUGGGGAACUGCGGGGUUGGCGAACGGGAGGGCCGAGUCGCGUCCGGUCUGGUAGCCCGGCGACACUACAGACUUAUCCAUGGUAUCGGGCGAUCCGGGGACAUUGCUGCCGUCCAGCCCAAAGCUGCUGGCUCCAGUCUCCUCAACAAGCUGACCAACUCCGUGGUGCUGGACAUAAUCAGGCAGUCAGGUGUGCGGAGUGCCUCCUGCUGUUUUGUGGUUCCCAUGGCGACAGGGAUGAGUCUGACGCUGUGUUUCCUGACGCUGAGGCACAGGCGCCCGGGGGCACGCUACAUCCUGUGGCCGCGAAUCGACCAGAAGUCCUGCUUCAAGGCUAUGGUCACCGCAGGCUUUGAGCCAAUUGUGAUUGAGAACAUUCUGGAAGGAGAUGAGCUGCGGACAGACCUGGACACCGUGCAGAAGAAGAUCGAUGAGCUCGGAGCGGAGAACAUCCUGUGUGUCCAUUCCACCACUUCCUGUUUCGCUCCACGCGUCCCUGACAGACUGGAGGAACUAGCCGUCAUAUGUGCUAAACAUGACAUCCCCCAUGUUGUGAACAAUGCGUAUGGAGUGCAGUCAUCCAAGUGCAUGCAUCUGAUCCAGCAGGGCGCUCGAGUCGGGAGGAUAGACGCCUUCGUCCAGAGUCUGGACAAGAACUUCCUGGUUCCGGUGGGCGGGGCCAUCAUCGCUGGCUUUGACGAGGGAUUCGUGAAGGAGAUCAGCAAGAUGUACCCAGGCCGUGCGUCUGCGUCUCCCUCCCUGGACGUCCUGAUCACGCUGCUCACCCUUGGAGCCAGCGGCUACCGCAAACUCCUGUCAGAGAGGAAGGAGAUGUACAACCACCUGGCCCAUGAGCUCAGUACACUCGCCCAACAACAUGGAGAGAGACUGCUACACACACCACACAACCCCAUCUCUAUGGCCAUGUCUCUCAGUGGUCUGCAAGCUCAUAGUGACCAGGCCGUCACUCAGCUGGGAUCCAUGCUCUUCACACGACAGGUGUCAGGGGCCAGGGUGGUCCCUCUGGGGGUGGAGCAGAUGGUGAGUGGUCAGCUGUUCCGGGGGUUCAUGUCCCAUGCGGAGGCGUACCCCUGCCCCUACCUGAACGCCGCCUCCGCCGUCGGCAUCGCCCGCGGCGACGUGGACCUCUGCAUGAAGCGCCUGGACAAGUGCGUCCGCAGCCUGAGGAAGAGCGCAGCGCCACACAGCACAGAGGACACAGCGCCCCCUGCACCCCCGGAGGAGCAGGACACUGCAGCAUGAGCCUGCACACACACUCACUCACACACACACACACCGCACACACCUACAUGCACACUCAUAUACACACAC